CGAUUUUAGGGACGUACCCAUGCAGGAAGUCAGUCGCAUUCAGCGCGUUUUGGUUGUGUACAUGCGUAACCGUCCCUCGGCAGUUACACUCAUGUCGAAAUAAAAUAAAAGUCGCCAUUGUAACAGCUUGAGAUAUGGCCACCAUGGAGAAAGAAACCCCCGCUAAAAAGGCUGCCGCGCCUUCUGUGUCUCAGAUUAAUGCUGAAUAUGUCACACAGUUGGCUAAUAAAUAUUGGGCUCCUCAUGCAAAGAAUAAACUCCCAUUUGACCCUAAGGUCAUGGAGGAUGUUUACGAAAAAGAGAUUCUCAAGUCCAAAUUUGCCAUCAGAAAAAUUAUGCUCCUUGAGUUCAGCCAGUAUCUUGAGAACUACCUGUGGGUGAACUACACUCCUGAGGUGUCCAGCAAUGCCUACCUCAUGUCCAUUUGUUGCAUCGUCAAUGAGAAGUUCAGAGAGAAUGUCCCAGCUUGGGAGGUGUUCAAGAAGGAGCCAAGCCAUUUCCCAUUCUUCUUCAAAUGUGUGAUGGAAGCUGUAUUGGCAGGCGAGGAGGCAGGCCUCACUCUGAAGGAACAAACCGUUCUGCUGGUCUUCCUGGACCACUGUUUCAACAGUCUGGAGGUUGAUUUGAUCAGAGAGCAGGUACAGCAGCUCAUCUCUCUGCCAAUGUGGAUGUGCCUUCUACCAUCCAGACUCCAACACGAGCUUAAGAAAGUUCCGAAGCUGCAGAAGUUCUGGAAUCUAAUCAAGAAGAAGUUUGAUAAGAUGGAUGCUGAUGCAACUGAGCAGGCAAAAAGAGAGAGGACCUUCCUCUCCUCUCUCAUUAAAAAGUUUCUUGGAGUUCUCAUGUCAAUUCCACAAACAGAGCCUGUAUCCAUGGACAAAGUACAUUACUGCGAGAGAUUCAUUGAACUCAUUAUUGAUUUGGAGGCCCUGUUGCCCACCAGGCGUUGGUUCAAUACAGUGUUGGAUGAUUCUCACUUGGUGGUCAGCUGCACCCUGUCCAACCUCACCAAGAGAGAGAAGGAGGGACACCUCUUCUGCCAGUUGCUGGACAUGCUGAAGUUCUACACAGGUUUUGAGAUCAGUGACCAGACAGGAACUGCCCUGACAGGGAAAGAGAUGACGACUCUGCACUAUGACAAAAUCACCUCCCUGCAGCGGGCGGCUUUUGCUCAUUUCCCGGAACUGCAAGAGUUUGCUCUGUCCAGCGUAGCAGCAGUAGACACACGAGAAUCCUUGACCAAACACUUUGGGCAUCUCAGUCCCAAUACGCUCCACCGGGUGGCGUCAUAUCUGUGUCUGCUGCCUGAGCUGCCUGAAGGGCAAGACACCACCUAUGAAAAGGAGGUUCUCCUUGAGCUGCUGGUGUCCCGUCAUGAGCGCAGAAUCUCUCAGAUUGAGCAACUUAACCAGAUGCCCCUUUAUCCAACAGAGAAGAUAAUCUGGGAUGAGAACAUUGUCCCGACGGAGUACUACUCAGGCGAAGGCUGUCUAGCACUACCCAAGCUGAAUCUCCAGUUCCUGACCCUCCAUGACUACCUGUUGAGGAACUUUAACCUCUUUCGUCUGGAGUCCACCUAUGAGAUCAGACAGGACAUAGAAGAUGUGGUGUGGCGUAUGAAACCAUGGCAAUCAGAGUACGGCGGAGUGGUAUUUGGGGGCUGGGCCAGGAUGGCUCAGACGAUCACCUCUUUUUCCAUAGUAGAGGUUGCCAAGCCCAACAUCGGAGAGAGCUGGCCUGCCCGUGUGCGAGCCGAUGUUACCGUUAACCUCAAUGUACAAGAUCAUAUCAAGCAUGAGUGGGAAGGACUGCGAAAGCAUGAUGUUUGCUUUCUGAUCACGGUGCGGCCCAACCUGCCCUACGGCACACGCUUCGACCGGCGCCAGCCCUUUGUGGAGCAGACUGGACUGGUGUAUGUGAGAGGCUGCGAGGUGCAGGGUAUGCUGGAUGACAAGGGACGCGUCAUUGAAGAAGGGCCUGAUCCAAAGCCUAAACUGCGAGGAGAUGCCAGAACGUUCCGUGUGUGGCUGGACCCGAACCAGUAUCAACAGGACAUGACCAGCAGUAUUCAGAGCAGCACCGAAGACCCAUAUGAGACUUUCAACAUCAUCAUGAGACGUAAACCCAAGGAGAACAAUUUCAAGGCAGUGCUAGAGACCAUCAGAAACCUGAUGAACACAGAGUGUGUCGUCCCAGACUGGCUUCAUGACAUUAUCCUAGGCUAUGGCGACCCAGGCAGCGCCCACUACUCCAAAAUGCCUAACCAGAUCUCCACAUUGGACUUCAAUGACACCUUUCUGUCACUGGACCAUUUGCGCUCAUGUUUCCCUGGUUACACCAUAAAGGUCACUGAGGAGAACCCCGAACUGCAAGUCUUCCCUUUCAGAAUCAAGUUUCCCAUCUCAAAUAAAACGGACAAAGGGAAGAAAAGAAAGGCUGAUGAAGAAGUGGAAGACAAAGAGGAAGACAUGACCUUGAUCGUUGAGCCUUAUGUUACCCCCAACCGGGGGCCAUAUCCCUACAAUCAACCCAAACGGAAUACGAUUCAGUUCACCCCUACUCAGAUUGAAGCCAUUCGAGCCGGGAUGCAGCCAGGACUCACCAUGGUUGUUGGACCACCAGGAACCGGAAAGACAGAUGUUGCCGUUCAGAUCAUCUCAAACCUCUAUCACAAUUUUCCUGAGCAGAGGACGCUCAUAGUCACACAUUCAAACCAGGCUCUGAACCAGCUGUUUGAAAAGAUCAUGGCUCUAGACAUUGACGAACGCCACCUCCUGCGUCUGGGCCACGGAGAAGAGGAGCUGGAGACUGAGAAGGACUUCAGCAGAUAUGGCAGGGUAAACUAUGUCCUAGCCAGAAGACUGGAGCUCCUCAGAGAGGUGGGAAGGUUACAGGAGAGCUUGGAUGUCCCAGGAGAUGUUUCAUAUACCUGUGAGACUGCUGGACACUUCUACCUCUACCAGGUGAUAUCUCGAUGGGAAGAGUACAUGAGUAAAGUCAGGCCUAAACAAGGCAAGAAAGUGGAGGUGCAAGCUGUGGCUGCACACUUUCCCUUCCACAAGUACUUCUCCAAUGCCCCGCAGCCUGUUUUCAAGGGACGGUCAUAUGAAGAGGACAUGGACAUCGCAGAGGGCUGCUACCGCCACAUCAAGAAAAUAUUUACCCAGUUGGAGGAGUUUAGGGCGUUUGAGCUGCUGAGGAGUGGACUGGACCGCUCCAAGUAUCUGCUAGUGAAGGAAGCCAAAAUCAUUGCCAUGACCUGUACACAUGCUGCACUCAAACGUCAUGACCUGGUGGAGCUGGGAUUUAAGUAUGACAACAUCCUGAUGGAAGAAGCUGCUCAGAUUUUGGAGAUCGAGACCUUCAUCCCCCUCCUGUUACAGAACCCAGAGGAUGGCUACAGCAGGCUGAAGCGUUGGAUCAUGAUUGGAGACCACCACCAGUUGCCCCCUGUUAUCAAGAACAUGGCCUUCCAGAAGUACUCCAACAUGGAGCAGUCUCUCUUUACCCGAUUUGUGCGCCUGGGAGUGCCCACCAUAGACCUUGAUGCACAGGGCCGUGCGCGUGCAAGCCUGUGUAACCUGUACAACUGGCGCUACAAACACUUGGGGAACCUGCCUCAUGUCCAGCAGCUGCCUGAGUUCCAGGUGCCCAACCCUGGCCUGACCUUUGACUUCCAGCUAAUUAACGUGGAGGACUUCAAUGGAGUGGGAGAAUCUGAGCCCAACCCUUACUUCUACCAGAACCUGGGAGAGGCGGAAUAUGCAGUGGCUUUGUACAUGUACAUGCGUCUGUUGGGCUACCCCGCUGACCGCAUCAGCAUCCUCACCACGUACAAUGGACAGAAACAUUUGAUCAGAGAUGUCAUCAACCAGCGUUGUGCCGGCAACCCCUUCUUUAGUCAGCCUAACAAGGUGACAACAGUGGACAGGUUCCAGGGUCAGCAGAAUGACUACAUCAUCCUCUCCCUGGUCCGUACCAAAGCCGUUGGACACCUGAGGGAUGUGAGGCGUCUGGUGGUAGCCAUGUCAAGAGCCAGACUGGGUUUGUACAUCUUUGCCCGGGUGUCGCUGUUCCAAAACUGCUUCGAGCUGACUCCUGCCUUCAACCAGCUCACGGCCAGACCUCUGCAGCUGCACAUCAGACCACACGAAUACUACAGCCAGGAACAGCCUAGAGAUGCCUCUGGACAGCCAGACCAAAUCAUCAAGAACAUGCCUGAGAUGGCCAACCUAGUGUACAAUAUGUACAUGCACAUGAUCCAGACCUCCCAGAAGUACAGACAGCAGCAACAGCAGAAACUGGCUCAGCCUCCGCAGCAAACCAAGACAGAUACUGUUGCUGAGAAAGUGCCAGCUAUCUCUGGGGAACCGCAGCAAGAAACCCCCAUGGAGCAGGAAAGCCCAGAAGAAGAGGCAAACUCGGAGCCAAACUCGGAGGACACCAGUGAGAAGAAAGAAAAUCCAGACACAGUAGACCAUGCUAAGAUGCCAGAGCAUCCCGGCAGAGACAGCGACAGUGACGGAGAGGACAGCGCAGAGGAGCAAGAGCAGUAGAGCGUCCACAUAUGUCUAAUUAAGGGCCUCAGUUAUUGAGGGGACUAAGUGGACUGUCCCUUAAGAAAAGAUUAGUGGGGAGUCAGUGAUUCUGAAUUUGUUUGCUACUGACAAAAGGAUCCAGCGAUAAUGUUUCAUUCACUUUUCUAGAACAUUUGAUUUUGUAACCAACAGUUUUUAUUAAAAAAAUGGAAAUUCUUUAUUGUCUGUGAUAUAUUUUACUGCACGUGCACCCACCAGGGCUUAUAAUACUCUUUAGGAGACUGUAAUCUAUAUCCCUCUCACACGCACACAUUGAGAGACAAAUACAGUGUAUAGUCAACACAUUUAAGCCUUGUAUCUCUCCGUCAUGAUACUUCCAUCCAUUCAUCUGCUUCUCUCCUCUGCUUUAAGCACAGCUGAAAUCUGAUUGGCUCAGCCUACACCAGCUACACAAGCUGCGACUAAGCUGCAUUUGUAGGUCAGUCACUUCACCCAAGGGCCAGUGUGCAUACUGGGGGAUUUCAACUUGCCUUCUGGAUGUACACAGUCACUCAACCAGCAAGCCUUAAAAUCCUCUGCCAUUCAUAACUUUGUGUUGGAAUACUAACAGCACAGUGCUCUGCAGAAAUAGUUCAUAUCAGUGUUGAGGUUUGACGACCAAUUUCAAGGAAAUAAUUUGAGGUUUCAAAUGUUUUUAUGUCAAAACAGUCAUUCAAAAGCUCCAACCUAGGUCUUAGUCAUUUAAACAUAAAUCCACUUAAAAUGAAGAAGUUAACACAGUCCACAGCCCUGCAGGCAAAAAACACAGACUGGAAAUUCAUUCAUUAUCAUGCACCAGAGGUUGGUUGCUGUUACAUCAUACCUCAGGCAGGCUGAGAGAACAGGUCAGCUGCACAGCUGCUCUUGCCUGGGCUGGUUUAAUAGACCUGAUGGAGAACCAUGUGUUGAUAGAUGUGGAGAGACACAUUUUCUGCAUUCAGUCAAGUGUAGAGGCAUGUAAGGGCUAUUUUUUCUAUCUACUGAGAGCAGGACACUCCAGGUUGAAGUGAGUGUUAAGGAGUAGUAGGCUAUGCCUUUCUGUCUGCUGAGGAGAGGAUUACAAUGGGAGGUUAGAUAAGGGAGAUAAUCUGUCGGCUGAGGCUGCACCUUCGAAUUACACAGGAAAAAGACCACUAUACUGUAUCACAUGAUUCUGAAGUAUCUUGUGUUUUGUACUGUAUAAAUUAACCUAUUACCUCAGUACACUUAUGUAGCAAUAACACAAAUGUGCGUUUUGUUCUGUCAUAUAUAUGACUAAUUAGUCCUCUUCAAACCCAUGACAGAGAGCAUACUUUUUCCUGAGUCACAUGAAUGUCUGCAUUGUGUAAUAUCUGCCCUCCCCUUAAGCCUUCCAGUUACUAACUUUCUGUUUUUCUUCCAGCUGGCCUCUUGAGAAUGUAGUUGCCUGUGGUACCUUGUUGUUGUAAAUUAGAGAUAACUGGUGGGAAGUGGCUACUGCUUGCACACAACAUCUCUGCAAGUCUCAAGCAGGACCUGGGAGACUGGAAGAAUUAGCUGCAAGCAAGAAGGAGAUCAGGACCUCACUCCCCGAACCUUUCUCUGCUGAAGGUGAACAUGUCUUUUAUACUCACACGACAGACUAGGAUGGCCAGUUGCGGGUCAUGUUUCUGGUGCAUAAUCUGGCUGGUGGUUCUGCUGUGUGUUGGCUGGCCCCUCAGCAUCGCCUUAGGGGGUCUCUAUGGCCUCAUCAGCCCACUGACCACCUGCCUCGGCCUGGACCGACUCUCCGAUCUACUCAUGGAGGGGGCCAACCUGGGCCGAACCUGCGCCAAUAACAUGAGGCACGGCAAGCCUUUGUGUUGAGAUCCAAACCUGGAGUACUCAGAACCAGAGAUCGAAAGGCCAGGUUCUUUCUUUUCUACAGAGGAAAUCCCUCCCUUUGAGGAGGACUGUUAAUGUCUGUUUUAUGUGGAGAUAUCCUGAGAUGAUUGGCACUCAAUACAGUGACAAACUCUUUAGCAACUUAUGUAACAAAAAGGUCCGGAAGGUCUGGAAAAUGGAUUGAACUCGUUCUGUUAACAUGUAAUUAACCAUGGAUUGCAAAUUUGUAUGGGUUUGUCAGGAAGGAAAUAGGCUUUGUGUUCAUGGUCUGUGUUUGCUGUUUAAUUCAUGAUGACACUGCAUGGAGAAGAUAAGAAUGAAAAUGGCAAUUUAACAAUGGAAAUGCUUUGACUUGUAAAUGACUGUAUGGAAACUUUUAAUACGAUUAAAACUGCUUUGAACUUGC